AUGCUGCGCCUACUGUCGGUCGGUGAGAGGCUGUUGACAACCGGAACAAAUAGGCGGACAGCCCGUUUGUCCCAGUCGAGUCACGCCAGUGGUUACUACGCAACAGUGAGGGACAAUGGCUUGUCAACAAGGCGAAAUAUCCCACCCGUCUUCUCUAGAAUGUUCUCACAUUACAAGGACAUUGUCAGAAAGAAAGUUGAGGAUCACAACUAUAGAAAAAGGUUUUCCAGAGGCUAUGGUUCCCUCUCUGGGGCAGUGUCGAAUUCAUCCGCAAGACAGCAAGGCCAAUUGACGUUGAAGCGGCCCAGUCAUAUGUACUCGUAUAGUGGUCCCCGAUUCCCGUUGCUGAGCCGAGCAGCCUGUGCGCUAACUCUGUCCUUAACGAGAUCACAUAUCAUCCCUGGGGUCGUGGCUUUAGCUUUUGGGAAGAUGGCAUUGUCGCAGCCUGUCCUGGCAGACUCACGGCCAUACAUGCCCAAAAUGGAAGGCAUUGUCACGAGGACACGAGAUACUGGCGAGUUGCUGUCAGCCAUGGCUAGGUCAGUCUGGGAGGGUAUCACUUUGUUUAUAAGAGCAGUUCAUUUGGCAUUCCUGUUCUUCCCUGCAACUGCAUUAGCUCCAUUUGCUGAUAGUUUAAGUAUAGAAUUUAGAAGAAGGUGGCUUUCUCUUGUACGUCGUACGCUUGAAAAGGCGGGGCCAGCAUUCAUUAAGUGGGGUCAAUGGGCUGCAACUCGCCCUGAUCUUUUUCCAAGUGAUCUCUGUGUUGAGCUUGCAAAGCUUCACAGCGGAGCUCCGGUGCAUGGCUUUGCUUACAGCAAAGCUUCUAUUGAGAAGGCAUUUGGCCGUAAGCUAUCUGAAAUAUUUGAAACUUUUGAAGAGAAUCCUGUAGCUUCUGGAAGCAUUGCACAAAUACAUCGGGCCACAUUAAAAGAUCGUCCUGACUCGAACUCGACCAGAAAAAAGAAAAGAGAUCAACAUCCUGUAAAGCAUGUUGCAGUUAAGGUGAGGCAUCCUGGUGUGGGGGAAUCAAUCAAGAAGGACUUCUUACUCAUCAAUUUUAUGGCAAAAGUUUCGAACGCUGUCCCUGGAUUGAGCUGGCUAAGGCUGGAUGAGAGCGUCCGCCAGUUUGCAGUUUUCAUGAUGUCUCAAGUUGACCUUUCUAGGGAAGCUUCUAAUUUGCAUCGUUUCAGACACAACUUCCGUAGAUGGAGACAUGUUUCAUUCCCAGAACCAUUGUACCCACUUGUCCAUCCAGCUGUCCUUAUCGAGUCAUUUGAGAAUGGAGAAAGUGUUGCUCGUUUUGUGGAUGAAACUGAAGGAAAUUCUCGGAUGAAGAAGGACCUUGCCCACAUUGGGACAUAUGCAUUUUUGAAGAUGCUUCUGGAGGACAAUUUUAUUCACGCGGAUAUGCACCCGGGAAACAUUCUUGUCCGUCUAAACGAGACCAAGAAUAAGAGGAAAACGUUUUUCAGAUCUAAGCCCCAUAUUGUUUUUCUUGAUGUUGGCAUGACUGCUGAGCUCUCAGUAGCUGACCGUGAUAACUUAAAACAAUUCUUCAAGGCGGUUGCUAUCAGAGAUGGUCGUACGGCUGCUAAGUGUACGUUACGAUUAUCAGAUAACCAGAGCUGUCCAAAUCCAGCAGCCUUUACUGAGGAAUUGGAUAAGACAUUUACGUUCUGGGGAACACCGGAGGGAGACGUAUUUCAUCCUGUCGAAUGCAUGCAUCAAUUGCUCGACACAGUUCGUCGCCACAAAGUCAACAUUGAUGGCAACAUCUGUACUGUAAUGGUGACCAUUUUGGUUCUUGAGGGGUGGCAACGCAAGCUAGACCCACGCUUUGAUAUCAUGGAAACAUUGAAGACUCUACUAAUAGAGAAGGAAGUUAAACAACCACCACCAGAUUAUUUUGGAUAA